AUGAAUCUACGAGUUCGAUUGAACAGGCAGACCAGUCGUGUGACUCUACCUGGAGAAGACCCCACUUUGUCAGACCUUACAGAUCUCAUCAGAAAGACACUGCUGGCUUCACAGGGACUGAGUGCGGACACAGAGUUCAGUCUUUCCUUAAAUGGCACAGAACCUCUCUCAGACCACGGGCAGACUCUAUCAUCGUGCAGCAUCGUGUCUGGAGAUUUGAUUGUCAUACUGCCUGAUCAUGUUGCUGCUUUGACACCAAAUAGUUCUGCCAGUCAGAUCCAGACCCAGAAUACAGCACCAAAGUCGGACAAUGUACCAAGCAGCAGCAGUUCAUCUACACAUAUCAUGGAGUCUGAACUGGCGGUGCCCUGUUGGGAGCCUAUGUUAUGCAGUGAGGCAGAAGAUGGCCAAGCACCACUUUCUCUUGAGCUCCUAUAUCAUGGAGCUCACAGCACAAGUAAGAGUGAUGCCAUCAUCGUGGUGGGACACCUGCUAAUGCUCGAAACAGGAUUUACUCAUGAGGGCAUUGCGCUCCAGUCUAUGGACAUGCCUACAGGUUGGAGAGGAGCAGGAGUGUACAAACUUAAGUACAGCCAUCCUCUAUGUGAAAACAGCCACGCAAUUUUGGCAGCUGUGUCCACUGGCUCUACACUUGUUAUUAAUGCAACAUUGAAAGUGAAUGAAAAAGCUUGCGCAGUUGGUAAACUAUGUUUGAACCCAUCCAACUAUGUGACCAAUGAGUGGCAAGGAGACCAUGCUGCUGCAGUUUUCAAAGAUCUGAAGAAAUUGUCCAGAAUAUUUAAAGACAUUCUGGCAUACCCUCUGAUUGCUUCUGCCAGAGAAGCUAUGGCUUUGCCUGUAGCCUUUGGACUACCAGCUCUUCCACCAGAGCUCCUCCUCAGGGUUCUCCGGCUCCUGGACGUACACUCUCUAACGAGGCUGUCCAUGGUCAGCAAACACUUUCAAAGCACCACAUCUGAUUCAACGCUGUGGAAGAAUCUGUUUAUGAGAGACUUCAGAGACCCGGGUGCCAAGAAUCACUCCAGAGACACGAACUGGAAAAAUCUUUAUCGCCAACGUUACAAAUUUUGCAAAGAACACCAGCAACGGAGACAUCAUCGUUCUCUCCCGUCGUAUCCACACCUUCCAUAUCCCAGCCCGCCAUUGGGCAUUGUGCCAAUUUUUGAUCCAGUUGUACCAGGGAUUAUCGGGGGAACUCCUCUCCCCGUGUGUGUGGCCCGAAGUGUGGCCGCUGUCUGUGCGUUUCUCCCGGGUCGAAAGACACCACGGACAGCGGGCUCGGAGCACCACAAGCCCGGGACCUGCUGCGAUCUGCGUGUCCCAACAAACAGCACUCCAGGCCCCUCACUGCUCAGCGCUGUAGCCGCUGUCGGUGCUGGUUAG